AUGAGAGACAUGUGGAAAUCUAGCAGCAAAACAGAUGCCAGCCGCCUCAUAGAAGACUAUAAGAUAAAAAUAACAGAAGAAGACAUUAAAAGCAAGGAGUUGAGCUUGCCAGCUAUUACAUACAUAGCAGGAUUUUGUGCACAUGCAGCUCUAAAAAAGAUUCCUUGCACAGCUUGUGCAGAAAACCUUACUGCACAGGAAAGAGAAAUGGAGCUGGAUCGCAACAUAAUAAUUGAGAACCUCUCCCGGGGUGGUUUGAAGUUCCCGAGGCCUGUAGUCAUAGAUGCCGUGCUGCGAAUGCAACUAGUUCUUGAGAAAUUGACUACACAAGAAAAUGUUGUGCAGUUUCAUGCUUCGAGACAUCAAAGGGAAUUGCUGAUUAGUUUGACACAAGAAGUAAUAGACGAUGAAGGAUUCGAUAUCUGUUCUCAAGGUCAUCAUCCUGAUGAUGUCUAUCAAAAUAUACUGUGGGCAGCAGCGAACACAUUGCUUAAAAAUUAUGUCCAAAUGAAGACAGACUUCCUAAACACUGAACUGUCAAAAAAGAAACAGCAAAGAAAGCUCAAAACGCUUUCGUAAUGCAGACGAGCUGCAGACAGGUUGUUUGGUUCAAGGAUUUGUUUGUAUUGUUUGUAAUCAGUGUAUUGUAGUGUGUCUAUACAGUGUUUGUGAGGACUCCCUUUUCGUUCUUCAGUGUGCAUUUGAAGUAAAUCUGUCAGGGUAUUGUUCAGUGUUUUUUUUUUAAUCAGUUCUAGUAUUGGAAAAUAA